AUGGCUCUUAAUCCUGUCAAGUUUGAGUACAAUGAAAACUACACAAGAAGUAUGCCAAGAACUUUCAACAAGGCCGAGGUAGUGCUUACCGAUACGGAGUGCACCCCUCGAAAGUUUGUGUUUCCCUGUACUGAAAGCAUUGAGUACCGUACAGCCAGAAUAGUCGAGGUUGAGAAGCUCGGUGCCAGUUGGAGAGAUGUUUAUCGUAUAAAGUUCGAUGAGAAGCUUCAUUUUAAGCCGGGAGAUUCUAUUGGAAUGCUGUGUCCCAAUAGCGACGACUUAGUGGACGAAAUCAUGGAGAUUCUUGGGGUCAGGGAUUCUGGAUGCCAAAUAAAAAGGCCUGGUAAGAAUCCAUUCAGCUACACGGGGACCAUCAGGGACUUUUUCAAAUACUACUUCGACUUCACGGGUCUUCCGAAGAAGUCCUUACUGGCCAACUUGGCAAGAAGCUGCACGGAAACGAAUCGCAAGUACAUUGAGUACAUGUGCUCCAAAGAGGGGGUAGUAGACUACCUUGGCAUUGGAAAGAAGUGGAACAACAUUAUUGAUAUUAUAAAGACCUUUGGGUGUAAGCCCACGCUAGAGGAAAUUGUAGGGGAGUGCGAGAUAGUAAAGCCCAGAUACUUUUCACUGAUAAAUAAGAUCGGAAGGGAGUCUGAGAUUCUUGUUGGCAUAACAAGUAAGACCUUCGAGGGGUUUGUGAGAUAUGGCCACGUCUCUGACUUUAUAGUUAGGUCUAAGGUGGAGGAGGUUGAACUGUGCUUAAGAACAAAUCUCCUUUUCAGAAUGGACUACAGUAGCAGAAAGCUGCUGGCCAUAUGCACAGGAACAGGAAUAGCGCCUUUUAUAUCAUUUGCAUCCAAUCUCCAGUCGCACCAAAGCAUCUGGAUCAUAUACGGAUUCAGGAACGAUGAAGAUGACAUUUCCAAGCUAAUAGAGCCCAACAAGAGAAUAAAGAUCACGGGAGUCAAGUCUAGCACAGGAGCUUAUGUCACAGACUAUCUAAUGGAAAGGAUUGAUGAGGUUAGAGAGUAUGCUGAUGGGGAGUGUACUGUCUAUGCAUGCGGGAAGAUGGAGAUUCAGAAGCGGAUCUUUGAGAUAUUCAGAAACGAGCUUCCUUAUAUUGUAGAAGCCAAGCGGUUGGUUUUUGAUCAAUGGGGAUAA